CUCGCGUUUCCUUUCACAUUUCUUGCUGGAGCUCCCUACUUCUCUGUGAUCUCGGGAGGAACGCCGUUCUUUUUGACUUCUUCGCGCUGGAACGGCCUCGAUUUGAUGGAAAUCGGGAUCUUGGGCUUUAGGAGUCAGGACUGGGGGGGACUCCCGGUGAAUGCGGGUUUCUUGGCCGGAUUGAUUUUGGUUUGGUAGGAAUGAGGGUUUCUUGAUGUCUUUCUCUGGUCGAGUGCGCGGACGCUGUGGUUCUUGGCAUCGAUUCCCUGAGAUUGAAACAAACUAGCACUCUAGCAACUCAGCUGAUCUGAUAUAUUUAAGUCCACCAAAAGAUAAGUGACAACAACGGCAUUUGCUGCAUCAAUCUCCUGAAGGGCGCCGACUUUAAGAUUGUCUUGAGCUACAAAUGGCCAUCACAGGAACCAAGAAUCCAUUAUUAGGUGAAACCACAUGUGGUUCUUUGCUGCAGCAGUUGCAGUUAAUAUGGGAUGAGGUUGGUGAGAGCGACGAGGAACGUGACAAAAUGCUGCUUCAGCUAGAACAGGAGUGCCUGGAUGUUUACAAGAGGAAAGUUGAUCAGGCAUCAAAAUCAAGAGUUCUCCUUCUUCAGGCCUUGGCUGAUUCUAGAGUGGAGCUUGCUAGAUUUCUUUCUGUGCUUGGAGAAAACUCUUUCAUUGACAUACCCGAUAAAUCAUCUGGCACAAUCAAGGAGCAAUUAGCAACUAUAGCACCAGCACUGGAACAAUUACGCAAGCAGAAAGAGGAGAGAAUAAAGGAGUUUGCUGACGUGCUUUCACAAAUUCAUAAAAUACGGGGUGAAAUUACUGGAACUUUAAAAAUUGGUGAGCAGAAGGGGACAUCAGCAGUUGAUGAGGAGGAUUUGUCCCUGAAGAAGUUGGAUGAGUACCACUCUCAACUCCAAGAACUCCAGAAAGAAAAGAGUGAUAGGCUGCAUAAGGUUCUUGACUUUGUCAGCACAGUGCAUGAUCUUUGUGCUGUCCUAGGGAUGGAUUUCUUCAGUACUAUAACUGAGGUUCAUCCUAGCUUAAAUGAUUCUGUUGGCGUGCAGUCCAAGAGCAUUAGCAAUGAUACCUUAUCGAAGCUUUCUAAAAUGGUCAUGGCACUUGAAGAAGAUAAAAAAAUGAGACUGCAAAAGCUUCAAGAGCUAGCUGCUCGGUUGACUGAUCUUUGGAAUCUAAUGGAUACCCUUACGGAGGAGCGGAGUUUGUUCAAUCAUGUUACUUGUAAUAUCUCUGCAACAGUGGAUGAGGUCAUGGUUCCUGGAGCCCUUGCCCUUGAUCUGAUUGAGCAGGCUGAGGUUGAAGUUGAAAGGUUAGAUGAACUAAAGGCCAGCAAGAUGAAGGAAAUAGCUUUGAAGAAACGGACUGAGCUUGAAGACAUAUAUGCUCGUGCUCACAUUGAGAUAGAUUCUGCAGCCGCUCGAGAGAAAAUCAUGUCUCUAAUUGACUCUGAGAAUGUCGAGCCUUCAGAAUUACUAGCAGACAUGGAUAAUCAGAUAUUAAAAGCCAAAGAAGAGGCCCUAUGCAGAAAAGAAAUUUUGGAGAAGAUUGAGAAAUGGAUGUCAGCAUGUGAAGAAGAGAGCUGGCUUGAAGACUAUAAUCGGGAUGAAAACAGAUAUAAUGCGAGUAGAGGUGCACACUUAAACCUCAAGCGUGCGGAGAAAGCUCGUAUAUUGGUAAAUAAAAUUCCAGCUCUUGUCGAUACACUGACGGCCAAGACUCGGGCAUGGGAGGAGGAUCGGGGCACGUCGUUCGUGUAUGAUGGCGUUCCUCUUCUUGCAAUGCUGGAUGAGUAUACCAUGCUAAGGCAGGACAGAGAGGAAGAGAAGCGAAGACUAAGGGACCAGAAGCGGUUCCACGAGCAGCUGAACACGGAACAAGAAGCCUUGUUCGGCUCCAAGCCCAGCCCAGCCAGACCGCUCGGCCCAAAGAAGGUGGUGGGCCCUCGUGGCAAUGCUGGAGCAUCAAAUGGAACCCCUAGCAGGAGGCUUUCUCUCAGCACCCAUCACAGUAGCAGCAAUGGUGUUCGAUCUGCGAGCAGGGAUGGGAAGAGGGAAGCUAACCGGCCUUCUGCUCCAGUAAACUACGUAGCCAUUGCAAAAGAGGAUGCAACCCCUGCUGUGCCCGGCAGCUACCCAGCUCCUGCUUCUCCGUGACAUCAUGUGGAAACAUAUAUGGGAUAUUUUGUUGAGGCAAAAGGCGGCCGUUCUGUCAUUCACUUUGACCUGGGCGACUCCCAAACAAACGGUGUGUUUCACGACUCUUUAGCAGACUCGAGCAAGUGUAUUCCGUUGCUGUCUUCACGAGUUCUUGUAGCCAGAUUACCUCCACUAUGAAGUGGAACGGCCUGUAUAAUAAUAGCGUUGUGGUUCUCUGUUGACCGGGCAUUUGAUCGUGUAGUUUUCUGUUAAAACAAAAUACCCGAAGAUCGCUUUCCUUCGUGUCUGAAAACCAAGAUGAUGGUGGUCGUGAAUGACAAUCAACAUUGCAUGCUUGAGCUUCUGGAUUUUAA